CGCGAAGAAUGCGAGCGCAAAGCGAGGAGGGGGGAGAUGGACCCCCGUUUGGAGUUCACAUUUCAACUCCUUAUGGAUGCAACAGCUCUACCAAGGAACGAAAUUAUGGACCACGUUUUCGAAGGUGAUAUGUUAGAUGAAAUUAACCAACUCUUUCUUCCUCACAUGAAAACUAAGCUUUUAUGGUUCUAUCAAGAUAUGGAAGAGGCGAAUCCAGAACCUGUAGUGGAUCCCAACAAACCUAGUACUAGCAGACAACUUCAACCUACUUCCAGCCGACAAAAUUUGAUUCAACAACAUACAUAUAAAAAGAAGUUAUUUCUGACUGAUGGGAUCGGUGUACCACUUACAGGAACACUGAUUUACAUUUAUAGGACAAAUAGUAGCAAACAGCUACCAGAAGAAGGAUUUCAAAAGGAUUUAUUCUGUGGAAUAAUUGACUCAAAAAAUGUAGGUUUGGUGACUAGUAUUCAAAGAAUUAUUGAGUUUGUGUUUAUGGAAGCUUUAGCCCAUCCCAGCUUGGAUUGUGAAGAUGAUGCGGCUAGCUGCCCAAUGGUAAAAAAUAAUCUCUUGCCUAAUUUGAGAUCGUUCUGCAGUGUUCUAAAAGUGUGCGAGGAAGUAUGCGGUGGAGGAAAUUUAUUCGACGAUGGAAAAACGUUAAUGGCGAAUCAAGAUCCCGACGAUAUCAAGGAACUAGCAAAACAUUCCGAUCAAACAGUCCCACUCGAGAACCGAGUGAAAGGCUGGAUUAAGCGACUGGAUGAAAUUCUUAAAGAGAGCGAGCAGAUUAGAAGAGAGAACGAUUCUUCAGGACCUCAAGAUGAAUUAGAGUAUUGGAAGAAGAGAGGCGCUCAAUUCUCACAAAUUGUAAACCAGGUUAGCUCGAUGGAAGUGCAGAUGACCAUUUUGUGCUUGAAACUAGCCCACGCAAAAAUAAUAAAAGAUUGGAGGGAUACCGAUAAAAAGAUUACGUUUUGCUAUAACGAAGCUAAAGAUAAUGCAAAGUUUAUUCAAGCUCUUGAAACUAAGUGUCAUUCUUUGUAUUUGGAUGAUCCAGUUAAAAUGAGAAGUUCAAUAAUGGGACUUCUGCAAACAGUUCGAUUGAUACAUAGCGUAUCUCAGUUUUACAACACUUCUGAACGAACCUCAGCUUUAAUGGUAAAGAUCACGAAUCAAAUGAUAGAGACUUGCAAAGACUAUAUAACCUGCAGAGGCCAGGAGAGCAUAUGGUCCCAAGAACGACCUCAUAUGAAGGAGAAGCUGACCCAUUGCAUUAUUUUAAAUCGGGUUUAUAGAAAAACAUAUAAUAUUGUUAAAGCUCAGCCUUUCUUACCAGGACAACAUCAGUUUAAUUUUUCCGAAAACUACGUAUUUGGAAAGUUCGAUGCAUUUUGUAGACGAUUGAUGAAAAUCAUAGCUAUGUUCGAUCUUAUCGAUGACUAUAGUGGGCUCUUCCAACGACGAAUGGAAGGCUUGUUGCUUGGAGAUGCUCUUGAAGAAGCUAUUCAAAAAUUUGGAGAAAUAAAACAAAUUGUCAUGAACAAAACAUAUGACUACUUGGAUCACAGAAACGGAGAAUUUGAAACUGAUUUCAAGAAUUUUCUGUUGAAUACAGAACAACUUAGACAGACUAUAGCCGAAUCAAUAGAGAGAAAUUUCGAUAGUGUCUGGGAAACGCCACAGGGAAUCAGGUUCCUAACAAGGUUUGAAAAGGUCAGCGAAAAAAUUCCGUUGGCAAAAAUGGAAGAGAAGUAUGAGAGAAUAUUAAGAUAUUGUGAAAAGGAAGUAGAGCGGAUAGUAAAAAUGUAUAAAAAGCAAAAGGAUGAUCCACCAGUACCCCGUUUAUUUCCUCCUAUUGCAGGAAGGAUAAAAUGGGCUAGAUCAUUAGUUUCACAUUUAGAAGAGUUACUAUCUAGUGUCACUACUCAUCAUAUCCUAAAAAAUCUCCCAGCUACAGUAGAAUUAUCGAAGAAACACAAAACCGCUGAAGCUAUGCUAAAAAUCUACGAAGCUGAUAUGGUUGCUUUGUGGAUGAAUCAACAUGUUUCUGAAGUUGAUCCGUGUUUACUGAGAAAUUUGUUAUCGAUAUGUCAAGAACAACAGAAGUUGAAGGUCAAUCUUCACCAGGCUAUUCCACUGUUAAUAAGAGAAUCAGAUCUGAUGAUAAAAAUGAAGCUGCCAGUGCCUAUGGUUGCUUUAACCUUAUACGCAAAACAGGAGCAUUUCAGCUUGGUGCAAGAUUCUUUACAGUUUCUGAUCAAUGACUUCUUAAAAGCUGUUAAAAGCGUCAAAUUAGAGGUACGACCUUUAUUUCUACCCCACCUGAUCAAGCUGACAUACAACAUUGAACCUGGAUUAACUAAACUAAAUUGGGUAUCCGAAAAUUGGCAAGAAUUUGUGGAUAAGGGAAAUGCUGCAAUAAGGAAUUUUAAAGAAUUGACUGACAGAGUCCAUGACAUCUAUGUAAACAGAGUUUUAGAAGUUCUAGAGAGUAUGCAGAUCGUCCAACUCUACGCAUUACCGGAAAUUGGAGAAGAAGCUUGGACUGUUGAAUCGUUUUGCAGUAAAAUCGACAACAUCUGUAGAAACUCCGCUAUUGAACUGCAUAAAAAAAGUUUGAUGGUGGAAGAAGCAGUAGAAGAAAUUUUGUCAUUAGUUAAGAGAGCUGAUGUUGAUCCAGAUAGUAGUUUCGAAGAAGAAGGCUUUAAUUUUGAAGGUGAAGUAUUCAGCAACGCUGAUAUGGUAAAUUCAUCCACCCAGCAACAGUCAGAUUGGUCACUGGUUUGGGAGUGUUUCGAAAAACCUCAUAUACUUAUAGGAGGAACUAUGAUCAAGUCAAUGCAAGAGAUUGUUAAAGGUGCCUUGGGAGAAAUGAGAAGAUAUUACAGCAGAAAAAUUGUUGACGUUUUGGUUAAAGUAACUAGAAGUUCUUUGGAUGCGCUGAGGAAGAGAUUUGCGUUAGAAUACAAAUCUGAGAGAACACCUGUUUUUAAAUUGAACUCAAUUUUGCUGAUUCCUAAAGUAGGCAUCAAACCAAAUUUGGAAGAAGUGCAAGAAAUUCUAGUCAUUGUAGGAAAAACAAUAACUUCGGUGGCUAAAGGGAUUGGCCAAUGGACUUUGGCACAGGGACAGGCUAACCCACCGAAGAGUUCAGUGUGGAAAAAAAUCGCGGGUCCCAAAUCGAGUCUAAUGGAUAUUGUGAAUCGUUCUCGCUUUGACCAAAAGGUUGUAAAGGGUACGGCGAAGGCCAAGGAGGACGACGGCAAGAACCGGCGCCGAAAGCUGUACAGGCUGCUGACCGAGGAGAAACCAACCAUCCCGCUACAGCAGAGGAACUUCUUUAACCACGUGAUGGAGAACAAGGAGGUUGUCAAGACGUUGUCGCUGUUGUCUACCUGUAUGCAAGAUAUGAAGCAGGAAGUUACCCAGUUUAUGGCAAGAUGGCGUCCAUACAAUAUUCUUUGGCGAAACGAAAAAACCCAACGGGAGUUGUUGACUGCUAUACUAACUGAGUUUGAAUCAUCUCUACGGAAGCACGAGGAACUUACCGAAAGAUUGUCAACCGAACCGGACACUUUUGUUAUAGCAAAUUGCCUUGCCAUCUCUACCGAGAAUCUAAAGUUCGGGUUAAUGACGGAAAUUAAAUCAUGCACACAUAGAAUCGGCCAAGCUAUGAAAAAGAAAUAUCGUCGAGAAAUGGAUUACGUGUAUGCGGUCAUAAGUGAAAUGGACAGAAAACUGGAAAGGACUAUAAGAGAUUUAGACGACGUCAGAUUGAUAAUGGAUACUUUGAAAAAAAUCAGGGAGCAAGAGGUUGACAUGGAUUUAAAAAUAGAGCCGGUUGAAGAAGCUUUUAACGUUCUCCAUCGAUAUAAAGUACCAGUUGAGAGAGAAGUCACAGAACAAGUAGACAACCUCCGCUAUACUUGGAAGCAGCUAUUGGAUAGGGCUAUGAGAGUGCAAGUCAAUCUACUGGACAUGCAGCCACAAUUUGAACAAGAUCUAAAGAAUAAUUUGAAUAGGUUCAAACAAGAUAAACUUGAUUAUUGUAACGAGUAUAGAACUGCUGGUCCAAUGCAGGCGGGACUUACACCCAGAGAAGCUUCAGAUCGUCUGAUAUUGUUUCAGAACCGUUUUGACGGCAUGUGGAGAAAACUUCAAACUUACCAAAACGGAGAGGAACUAUUUGGACUACCUACAACAGAUUAUCCAGAUAUGGCUCAAAUAAGAAAGGAACUGAACCUUUUGCAAAAGCUGUAUAAACUUUAUAAUGAUGUUAUAGAUAGAGUAAAUAGCUAUUAUGACAUUCCUUGGGGAGAAGUAAAUAUUGAGGAGAUUAAUAAUGAAUUGAUGGAAUUCCAAAACAGAUGUAGGAAGCUACCUAAAGGUCUCAAGGAAUGGCCCGCUUUCUUUGCUUUAAAGAAGACGAUCGACGACUUCAACGACAUGUGUCCUCUACUAGAACUAAUGGCCAAUAGAGCUAUGAAACCGCGCCAUUGGCAACGUAUUAUGGAUUCCCUUAACCACAUUUUCGAAUUUGAAAGUGAAGGAUUUUGUUUAAAAAACAUUUUGGAGGCACCACUUCUGCAGCAUAAAGAAGACAUUGAGGACAUUUGUAUAUCAGCAAUGAAAGAAAAGGAUAUUGAAGCUAAGCUUCGUCAAGUUACUAAUGAGUGGACAGUUCACGAACUAACAUUCCAAACAUUCAACAAUAGGGGAGAACUCCUCUUAAGAGGAGAUACCACUGCAGAGACAAUCGGACAGUUGGAAGAUAGUCUUAUGAUACUUGGAUCUCUGUUGUCCAACAGGUAUAAUGCUCCAUUUAAAAAGCAAAUUCAACAGUGGGUCUACGAUUUGUCCAACACUAAUGAAAUAUUAGAAAGAUGGCUUUUAGUGCAAAACAUGUGGGUAUAUCUAGAAGCUGUUUUUGUUGGAGGUGAUAUUGCUAAACAGUUACCGAAGGAAGCAAAACGGUUUUCUAAGAUAGAUAAAUCUUGGCAGAAAAUAAUGCAAAGGGCUCACGAGACACCUGGAGUAGUUAACUGUUGUGUUGGGGACGACCUACUUAAACAACUUCUACCACAUCUCCAAGAACAACUUGAACUCUGUCAGAAAUCACUCAGUGGUUACCUGGAAAGAAAACGAAUGAUGUUUCCAAGAUUUUUCUUCGUUUCAGAUCCUGCUCUUCUAGAAAUUUUAGGUCAAGCUUCAGAUUCUCAUACUAUUCAAAAUCAUCUUCUUUCUAUUUUUGAUAAUACCAGAUAUGUUAAGUUUCACGAUAUAGAAUAUAACAAAAUAACGGCUGUAUUAUCUUCUGAAGGAGAAAUGAUACAGUUGGAGAAAGCAGUUAGGGCUGAGGGAAGUGUAGAAACGUGGUUAACUCAGUUACUUGUGAUGUCCCAAUUAUCUCUACACUCAAUAAUAAGAGGAGCUUAUACUUUUAUUAAUGAUGUUAAUUUCAAUCUACUGCAAUUUUUAGAUAAAAUGCCUGCACAAAUCGGACUAUUGGGUUUACAAAUGAUCUGGACUAGGGAUGCCGAACUGGCUCUAAUGCAGGCGAGACAUGACAAGAAAGUUAUGCCCGACACCAACAACAAAUUCCUGGAACUUCUUAACACUCUCAUCGAUCAAACUACGCGAGAUUUAACCAAAAUCGAAAGAACGAAGUUUGAAACUCUGAUUACUAUUCACGUUCAUCAGCGUGAUAUAUUCGAUAUUUUGUGUCGGCUGAAUGUACGACAUGUAAACGAUUUUGAGUGGCUGAAGCAAUGCAGAUUUUAUUUCAAAGAGGAGCAGGACAAAACCCUCAUUAUUAUUACGGACGUUAACUUUUCCUACCAGAAUGAAUAUUUGGGAUGUACAGAUCGGCUUGUGAUAACACCAUUAACAGAUAGAUGUUACAUUACCCUUGCACAAGCCUUAGCUAUGAGUAUGGGCGGAGCACCAUGUGGACCAGCUGGUACUGGGAAAACUGAGACUGUAAAAGACAUGGGCAAAACUCUUGCUAAAUAUGUUGUUGUCUUCAAUUGUUCCGAUCAAAUGGAUUACCGUGGACUUGGACGAAUAUACAAGGGUUUAGCUCAAUCUGGAUCAUGGGGUUGUUUUGAUGAGUUCAACAGAAUUGAAUUACCGGUAUUAUCAGUAGCUGCUCAACAGGUAGCGGUGGUAUUGGCAAGUAAAAGAGAGAAAAGGAAAUCUUUCCAGUUUACGGAUGGUGAUAUCGUAGAAAUGUGUCCAGAGUUUGGAAUCUUUAUAACAAUGAAUCCUGGAUAUGCUGGUCGAAAAGAAUUGCCAGAAAACCUAAAAAUUCAGUUCAGAACCGUCGCAAUGAUGGUACCUGAUCGGCAAAUUAUCAUCAGAGUUAAGUUGGCAAGUUGUGGCUUUUUGGAAAAUAUAACUUUAGCACGAAAGUUUUAUACAUUGUACAAAUUGUGUGAAGAACAAUUAACAAAACAGGUGCAUUAUGAUUUUGGCUUAAGAAAUAUUUUAUCAGUGUUACGAAGUCUUGGUGCAGCGAAACGAGUCAAUAAUAAGGAUUCUGAAAGCACAAUCGUUAUGAGAGUUUUAAGAGAUAUGAAUCUCUCUAAAUUAAUUGACGAAGAUGAACCUCUAUUUAUUUCUUUGGUUGCUGAUCUUUUUCCCAAUCAAACUUUAGAGAAAACUGCUUACCCAGAAUUAGAAGAAGCUAUCAACAUUCAAGUUGAGCAAGCCGGAUUGGUAAAUCAUCCCCCUUGGGCACUUAAACUCAUACAGUUAUAUGAAACACAAAGAGUACGACAUGGUAUUAUGACUUUGGGUCCUACUGGAGCAGGAAAAACCACCUGCAUUCAAACUCUUAUGAGAUCGCUUACAGAAAUGGGCGAUUUUCACAGAGAAAUGCGCAUGAAUCCCAAAGCUAUUACCGCGUCGCAAAUGUUUGGUCGCCUGGAUGUUGCAACUAAUGAUUGGACCGAUGGCAUAUUUUCUGCUUUAUGGAGAAAAACUUUAAAAUCAAAAGCAGGGGAACACGUCUGGUUGGUACUAGAUGGUCCAGUUGACAGCAUCUGGAUAGAAAACCUAAAUUCAGUCCUAGACGAUAACAAGACUCUCACUCUAGCAAACGGCGACAGACUUUCCAUGUCACCUACUUGUAAAAUAAUUUUCGAACCUCACAACAUUGAUAACGCUUCUCCAGCUACAGUCUCACGCAACGGCAUGGUGUAUAUGAGCUCGUCUGGACUCAAUUGGAAACCCGUCAUCAGAGCAUGGUUGAAAGGAAGAAGUCAAAGGGAAGUGGAUGUGUUUCAAAAUUUAUUUGAUGAGUCUUUUUCCAAGAUGUAUAGUUGGGGAACGCAAAAUUUGUGUCUGGUUAUCGAUGUUCUUCAGUGCAAUAUUACAUUACAAAUUAUUAGAUUAUUAGAAGGUUUAAUCCCAAAACAACAAGUUGUAGAGGAGGAGGUAUCUGCACCAAAAUCCGACGCUGGCGAUCUCGAAGAUGAGAUUAUCGAGGAGAGUGAAAAAGUUGAAGAACACAAAGUGUUUACCUCCGAACACUUAUCCAAGUUAUAUGUAUUUGCGAUGGUUUGGGGAAUGGGAGCGUACCUGGAAAGUGACGACAGGCUUAAAUUUAAUGAGUUUAUAAAGGGUGAACUGAGUUUUUUGGAUUUACCUAUAAAUGACAGAAAAAAUCAAGAUGCUACAGUUUUUGACUACGUAGUCAACAGCGAUGGAGAAUGGGUACACUGGAGCACCAUGGUAACCAACUACGUUUACCCCGAAGUAGCAACUCCCGAAUUCGCUUCUAUACUUAUACCUAUACCAGACAAUGUCAGAAUCACUUACCUUAUCGACACCAUAGCUCGACAAGAAAAAGCAGUUUUGGUGAUUGGUGAACAAGGAACUGCUAAGACAGUAAUGAUGAAGAGUUUCAUGAAGAAGGCGAAUCCUGAAGUAUACCUGAACCGAGCUUUUAAUUUUUCAAGUGCUACAAGUCCUUUCCAAUUUCAAAAGACUAUAGAAAGUUACGUAGAAAAGAGAAUGGGUAGUACUUUCGGUCCUCCAAAUGGAAAGAAAAUGAUAGUGUUUAUAGAUGAUAUCAAUUUGCCAGAAAUAAACUGCUGGGGUGAUCAAAUAACAAACGAAAUUGUCAGACAAACUAUGGAUAUGGGUGGAUUCUACAGUUUGGAAAAACCAGGAGAAUUCACAACUAUUACAGACGUCCAGUUCGUCGGAGCCAUGGGGCAACCUGGAGGAGGUAGAAACGACAUACCUUCCAGACUAAAACGACAAUUCUGUAUUUUCAACUGUCCUCUCCCAAACGAAGUUUCGAUCGACAAAAUAUUCGGUGUCAUAGCGCAAGGACAUUAUAACGCAAAGCGAGGUUUUAGUCUUGAAGUUAGAAAUUUGGUAAAAAAGUUAAUACCGUUGACGAGAACAUUGUGGAAAAAUACCCGAUCAAAACUGUUACCCACUCCUGCUAAGUUUCAUUAUGUGUUCUCUUUAAGAGAUCUGUCAAGGAUAUGGCAAGGAAUGAUUGGCACAUUAUCAACUGUAAUUGAGUCUGAAGGAUGCAUGAUGGUUUUGUGGAAGCACGAAUGCACUCGAGUAUUUUCAGACAGAUUCACGAUACAAGAAGAUAAAGACUGGUUCAAUGAAGAGCUGUUAAGUCUAGUCCAAGAAAAUUUAGGCGAAGAACUGAGAAUUAAAACAGAACCAAAUCCAGUGUUUGUAGAUUUCAUGAGGGAUGCUCCAGAACCAACAGGUGAAGAAGGUGAAGAUGCAGAUAUGGAACUUCCAAAAGUAUAUGAACCGGUUAUAAAUUCUAACGAAUUAAGAGAAAGAUUGGAUAUGUUUUUGGCACAGUUUAAUGAAAUGAUUAGAGGAUCAGGCAUGGACUUAGUAUUUUUCCCAGACGCAAUGCUUCACUUGGUAAAAAUUUCAAGAGUUAUAAGACAUCCCAGAGGCAAUGUAAUGCUAGUGGGUGUCGGUGGUAGUGGUAAACAAUCCCUUACUAAACUUUCCUCCUUUAUCGCUGGUUACAAAACGUUCCAGAUAGCUUUGACGAGAUCCUAUAACAUAGGCAACUUCCUGGAAGAUCUUAAAGUACUAUACAGAUCUUGCGGAUGUCAAGGAAAAGGCACCACUUUUAUCUUCACUGAUCUGGAUAUAAAAGAAGAGGGAUUCUUAGAAUAUCUAAAUAAUAUCCUUUCCUCAGGAGUUAUUUCUAAUUUAUUUACCAAAGACGAUCAAGCUGAGAUUAUUCAGGAAUUAACUCCAAUCAUGAAGAGGGAGAACCCAAAAAGGACGUUAAAUAAUGAGGUUGUCAUGGAGUACUUUAUGAAUAGGACGUGCCAGAACUUACAUGUUGUGUUCUGUUUUUCACCGGUUGGAGAAAAAUUUAGAAGUAGAGCGUUAAGGUUUCCAGCCCUCAUAUCUGGCUGUACCAUCGAUUGGUUUCAACCGUGGCCGAAAGAUGCUCUAGUUCUUGUAGCACAACAUUUCCUGGAUGACUUUGAAAUAGCCUGUACCAAAGAAGUAAAAGAAGAAUUAGUUGUGGCUCUUGGUUCCAUACAGGAUGUCGUAUCCAUAACUUCUGUGGAAUAUUUCCAGAGGUUUAGAAGAGCUACACAUGUUACUCCAAAGUCCUACUUAAAUUUUAUUGCUGGCUAUAAGAGUAUAUACAAUAACAAACAAAUAGAGCUUAGUAACGGAGCACUAAGGAUGGAUACUGGAUUAGAAAAGCUGGCUGAAGCCUCUUCGUCAGUAUUGGUGUUAAAGAAAGAGUUGGCUGUUAUGGAAAAAGAGUUGGUAGAUGCAUCGCAACGAGCAGAAAGGGUGCUAACCGAGGUUACUGAAAGAGCAAUGCAAGCAGAAAUAGUUAAGAAUCAAGUCCAAAAAGUCAAAGAGAAAGCUGAAGUUCUAGUACAAUCAAUAGCUGUGGAGAAAGCUUUAGCUGAGGAAAAAUUAGAAGCUGCGAAACCCGCUCUUGAAGAAGCAGAAGCUGCUUUAAACACCAUAAAACCUGCUCAUAUUGCAACGGUCAGAAAACUAGGAAGACCUCCACACUUAAUCAUGCGAAUUAUGGACUGCGUACUUAUGCUGUUCCAAAGAAAGUUGCAGCCAGUAGUUGCAGACACUUCAACUCCGUGCCCCAAGCCAUCUUGGGCGGAAUCGCUAAAGAUGAUGGCUUCAACAACGUUUUUGCUACAAUUACAAAACUAUCCUAAAGAUAUCAUCAACAACGAGAUGGUGGAUUUGUUACAACCGUAUUUCGAAAUGGAAGAUUACAAUAUGGAUACCGCUAAAAGAGUAUGUGGUGAUGUUGCUGGCCUGUUAUCUUGGACCAAAGCUAUGGCUUUUUUCCACGGUGUUAAUAGGGAAGUUCUGCCUCUGAAAGCUAAUUUAACUCUACAGGAAGCUAGGCUAAAGUUGGCAAUGGAAGAUCUAGCAGCCGCUGAACAGCAACUAGAAGAACGUGAACAAUCUUUAAGAGAAGUGAAAGAGCAAUACGAUGCUGCCGUGAUGGAAAAACAAAGAUUGACGGAUGCAGCCAAUUCUUGUUUGCGUAAGAUGAAUACCGCAACAGCUCUUAUAAAUGGUCUUGGGGGUGAGAAAGUUAGAUGGACUCAACAGAGUAAAGAGUUCAAAGAACAACUUGGUCGCCUUGUAGGAGACGUAUUGUUAGCUACUGGAUUUCUCUCGUAUUGUGGUCCAUACAAUCAAGAAUUUAGAGCAAAUUUGGUGAAGACCUGGAUGGAUAUCCUACAAAAGCACACAAUUCCAUACACUGUUAAUCUUAAUAUCACAAAUAUGCUUGUAGAAAACUCAGUUAUUUCGGAAUGGACUCUCCAAGGACUACCAAAUGAUGAACUUUCAGUGCAAAAUGCGUUGAUAGUCACCAAAUCAAGAUCUUAUCCUUUGCUAAUUGAUCCGCAAACACAAGGAAAGCUGUGGAUUAAAAAUAAAGAAGCAAAUAACAAUUUGCAGAUUACAUCUUUAAACCAUAAGUAUUUUAGAACGCAUCUAGAAGACUGUUUAUCUUUAGGUAAACCUUUGUUGAUUGAAGAUAUAGAUGUUGAUCUAGACCCUGUUCUCGAUAAUGUACUAGAGAAAAACUUUAUCAAGUCUGGGUCUAUAGAGAAAGUCAUAGUUGGUGACAAAGAAUGUGACGUUUUGAAAGGAUUUAUGCUUUAUAUUACUACAAAACUUCCAAAUCCACCAUAUUCUCCAGAAAUCAGCGCAAAAACAUCUAUCAUUGAUUUUACUGUAACGAUGUUGGGUUUGGAAGAUCAGCUGCUUGGUCGAGUAAUCCUCAUGGAAAAAUCUGAUCUAGAAGCUGAGCGAGUAGCACUUUUCGAAUCAGUAAUGCAAAAUCAAAGACGUAUGAAAGAACUGGAAACAAACUUGCUGAGCAGACUUAACUCAACCCAAGGAUCUUUGGUUGAUGAUGAAGAGUUGAUUAACGUUCUACAAGUAACGAAAACUACCGCCGAAGAAGUUACUCAGAAAUUGACCGUUUCGGUGACGACGGAGAAGAAAAUCAACAUCGCGAGGGAAGAAUUUAGAGCAGUCGCAGCAAGAGGAUCUAUUUUGUAUUUUCUUAUCGUGGAAAUGAGCAAUGUAAAUGUAAUGUAUCAAAACUCUUUAAAACAAUUUUUGAUAUUGUUCGACAAUUCGAUUACAAAGUCUGAAAAAAGUAAUAUUACUUCAGACAGGAUCAAUAUUAUUUUAAAAUAUUUAACUCAUGAGGUUUGGAUUUUUACCCAAAGAAGUUUAUACGAACGACACAAAGCUCUGUUUACCCUCAUGAUGGCUAUGAAAAUAGAUUUGCACGAAGGUACGAUAAAGCACGAGGAAUUUAUGGCUUUUAUUAAGGGUGGAGCUUCUCUAGAUCUAAAUGCAGUUACUCCUAAGCCUUUCAAAUGGGUUCUGGAUAUAACAUGGCUGAAUCUUGUUGAAAUAAACAAGUUGCCGACUUUUUCGGAAAUCUUGGUGAAGAUUGAAACAAAUGAAAAAGAAUGGCGCAUGUGGUAUGAAAAAGAAAAACCGGAAGAAGAAGAUAUUCCUUGUGGAUAUCAAAAAAGUCUUGACGUUUUCAGAAAGCUGCUACUGAUAAGGUCGUGGAGUCCAGAUAGAACUCUGUCUCAAGCCAGGAAAUACAUUAUGGAUUCUCUGGGGCCUGAAUAUGGAGAGCCAUGCAUACUUGAUCUGGAGGUUACCUGGAGUGAAUCCGAACCCAGAAGUCCGCUAAUAUGUAUCUUGUCCAUAGGGUCAGAUCCUUCUCCGCAGAUAUCAGCAUUAGCUAAAUCCAAGGAUAUACCAUUAAAAGCAGUUUCAAUGGGCCAAGGUCAGGAAAUCGUAGCAAGAGAUAUGAUAGAAACAUCUAUGGCAAACGGAGGCUGGGUCCUUUUACAAAAUAUCCAUCUUUCCCUUCCUUUUGCCACAGAAGUCAUGACCAUGAUCGCUGAUACAGAAUCCAUUGACGACAGCUUCAGAGUUUGGUUAACCACAGAAGUACAUGAACAGUUUCCUAUUGGUCUAUUGCAGAUGGCCAUUAAGUUUACCAAUGAACCACCACAAGGGAUAAGAGCAAGUAUGAAAAGGACGUACCAGAAUAUUACUCAAGAUUUCUUGGAUUACUCUGCUCAAAGCCAAUGGCCUCCUUUAUUGUAUGCAGUCGCGUUUUUGCACACUGUUGUCCAAGAAAGAAGAAAGUUUGGACCUUUAGGAUGGAAUGUUCCAUAUGAAUUCAACCAAGCAGAUUUUGCGGCGAGUGUGCAAUUCAUCCAGAAUCACCUGGAUGAUAUGGAUCCCAAGAAAGGUGUGUCAUGGCCGACAGUUUGUUAUAUGCUCGGGGAAGUACAAUAUGGUGGAAGAGUUACUGAUGAUUUUGACAAGCGUCUAUUAACGACUUUCACACAGGUGUGGUUUUGCGAUGUGUUACUAAGGCCAGGCUUUGAGUUUUAUAAAGCGUAUAAAGUUCCACAAACUAGAAAUCUUCAGGGAUAUAUUGACUAUAUAAAUAGUCUACCAGCCACAGAUAGCCCAGAGGUAUUUGGUUUACAUGGUAAUGCUGAUAUAACAUAUCAAAUCAAUACUGCUAAAGGUAUCCUCGACACAAUUCUCAAUGUUCAACCUAAAGAAGGAGGUGGAGGUGGUGGUGAAACCAGAGAAAGUGUCGUGUACUGUCUAGCUGAAGAUAUGCUCGAGAAAUUACCAAAUCAGUACAAUAGCUUUGAGGUUAAAGAAGCUCUUCAAAGAAUGGGACCUUUGCUGCCGAUGAAUAUUUUCCUAAGACAAGAAGUUGACAGAAUUCAACGAGUACUUAAAGAGGUAAAGUCCACUUUAACAGAUUUAAAGUUAGCAAUAGACGGAACAAUUGUUAUGAGUCAAAAUCUUCGAACAUCAUUAGAUUCUAUGUAUGAUGCCAGAAUUCCGGAAAGAUGGCAAAAGAUAUCGUGGGAAUCUGCCACUUUAGGAUUUUGGUACACAGAAUUGUUGGAACGAGAUGCACAAUUCCGAACUUGGUGUCAAAAUGGUAAACCGAAUGUGUUUUGGAUGACAGGUUUCUUUAAUCCGCAAGGUUUUCUGACCGCAAUGAGACAGGACGUAACCAGAGCUCACAAAGGUUGGGCGUUAGACUCCGUAGUACUUCAAAAUAUGAUUACCAGGCAUAGUAAAGAAGACAUCAAAGAAGGACCAGCUGAAGGAGUAUACGUCCACGGAUUAUUUUUGGAAGGAGCAGGCCUAGACAGGCGAAGUGGCAAAUUGAUAGAAAGUAAACCCAAAGUUCUGUACGAACAAAUGCCGGUUAUUUUUAUUUUUGCCAUUAAUACUACAGCUGGUAAGGAUCCGAAGCUCUACGAAUGUCCAAUUUAUAGAAAACCACAAAGAACUGAUCAGAAAUAUGUAGGAUCCAUAGAUUUCGAAACUGAUCAUAAUCCGAGGCACUGGACAUUGCGUGGAGUUGCACUGUUAUGUGAUAUUAAAUAGAUAUCUGUGAUAGGUUUAGUUAUUAGGGUGUUAUUUAUAGAAGUAAUAAAG